UGCUGCGCCUGAGCCCAAGGGGCGAGGAGUCUGAGCAAAUGGCCAUGCCUUCGAGCGGCUGUUUGUUCUUCUCAUCAUCUCCUGCCACCCUACUCCUCCGUCCGGCCCUUCCUCGUCUGUCGCUUCCAACUCGUCGCCCACCUCGCCCUCGACAGCACAUCAGUCUCCACCGCCGCGCUACCCAUCAAGGGAAGCCUCCGGGCACCAACCCGGCGGCCGCGUCCUCACAAUCAUCUCCCGCAACGCAUGAAACCUUAACAGAUGAGUUGAAAUGGGAAGAGGCGCUGCCGUCAUGCUUGCUGAGGGAGUCGCUGCCAAGGCACGUGGCCAUCAUCAUGGAUGGCAAUUCCCGGUGGGCCCGAGACAAGGGUUUGCCCGUCUCCGCUGGCCACGAGGCCGGGUACAGGUCCCUCAAGGAGAUCAUCAGGCUUUCUUGCCUUUGGGGCAUCCGAGCACUCACCGUCUUUGCCUUCUCCUCCGAGAAUUGGUUCCGUCCUAAGGCCGAGGUCGAUUUCCUGAUGACCUUAUUCCAAGGUGUUCUCACGGAGAACUUUGACAUCUUUGUCAGGGAAGGCAUUAAAGUUCGAAUAAUUGGUGACUCCGCAAAACUUCCAAAACCUUUACAGCAGCUUGCAAAGGAAAUACAGGAUGUUACUGUGAACAAGACUAGGUUUGAAUUGAUUGUUGCAGUCAGCUACAGUGGAAGACAAGACAUAGUACUAGCUUGCCAAAAGAUUGCUCAGAAGGUAAAGGAUAGGCUACUUGAACCUGAUGAAAUCACGGAAUCAUUGUUUGCACAGGAAUUAGAAACAAACCAUUCCCAAGAUUUUCCCUACCCAGACUUGCUUAUUCGAACUAGUGGUGAGCUGAGAUUGAGUAACUUCUUGCUGUGGCAAUCAGCAUACUCGGAACUUUACUUUACAAAGUCUAAUUGGCCUGAUUUUGGGGAGGCUGACUAUAUUGAGGCCUUACAAUCUUUCCAGAGAAGGCAGAGGCGCUUUGGUCAACGAAUAUCGUAGAAUGACGCCUCCAGUGAUGUCAUUUUCAGCAAGUAAAUUUAUAUGCUCUAGUAUGUUGCCAAAGGUCUCUUUUGGCCUACUUAAUGGAGAAGCUCAGUGUAAGAUUUGGAUGUUAUUUGGGUUUAAUUCAUCAAAAAGGCUUGCAGCUGUAAAUGUGCAUGCAUGCUAGUCAUCCAGCCUUCUUUUGGGUGCUUCUGGUUCUGGAGACUACUGAUGCAUGCAGGUCUAGUGGAUUUGAUGAAGAAUACACAAGUUGGAGAAUGUGUAGAAGUCUAUAUUGCCGCAUCACCCAAUUUGGUGUCAUCUUAUUUCCUAAUUUAGCUUUAAGCAUAUCAUACGUUCUAUUUAGCAGCAUACUAAUAUGUAAUCACAUUCUCAAGUGGCAAACUAUGACACAUUGUUGUCAUGAUAAGUGUUAUGUAAGGAGAUGGGUUAAUUGGUUGACUUGUGUUGAAGUGUUACAGAUGCUUCACCCAGUGUCUGGUACACCAAGUUACCCUUCAUUGUUAGCAGCCGUGACCUUGAGAACGUCUUUAUACAAUGUGGGCUUGUUUUAUUUGUUAAAUUGAUAGUCUCUGUUGUUGGUUUACCUUCUU